GUCCUCCUCUCCAUUUCGCUCUGUCGUCCAGGGACAGGGAGGCAGGGAAGGGAUGCUGCUCUCCGUCCCUCCCUCCCCCGCCACCUGAGCCCGCCCCCCCAAAAAAAAGUUUUAACCAACCAAACCCACCACCACCUGCCUGCGCGAUUCCCAUCCCACCCCAAUUAACCCGGAAGAAGAGCUCGCAACGCCCCCGGUGGGAUCGCCGGACACCUACGCGGGCCUCGCCUUGAAAUCCCUGUUGGAAACCGAGGAGGAUCAUGUCGCGGGUGGCGUCGUUGUCGCCGUCCUUAUCGGGCGACGAGGUGGAGGUGGAGGAGGAAGACGACGAGGGCGUCGACGGGUACCGCAAGGGCGGCUACCACGCCGUACGCCCCGGGGACCAGUUCGCCGCCGGCCGCUACGUCGCUCAGCGGAAGCUCGGAUGGGGCAACUUCUCCACCGUCUGGCUCGCCUUCGACGUCCAAUCACAGAGAUACGUGGCCCUGAAGAUCCAAAAGAGUGCGCCUGAGUUUGCGCAAGCUGCUCUUCAUGAAAUCGAGUUCCUAUCAGAGAUCACCAAGAGGGACCCGUUGAACUGCAAAUGCACCAUUCAGCUGAUAGAUCACUUCAAGCACACGGGGCCGAACGGGCAGCAUAUCUGCCUCGUCUUUGAGUUACUGGGAGAUAGCUUGCUUAAGCUGGUACAGUACAACCGGUACAAAGGCAUCGGGUUCGAUAGGGUGAGGCAAAUAUGCAAGUCGAUUUUGGUAGGUCUUGAUUACUUGCACAAUGAGCUUGGCAUCAUCCAUUCAGAUUUGAAGCUUGAGAACAUUCUCCUUGUCUCCACAAUUGAUCCCUCCAAGGACCCCAUUCGCUCUGGGCUUAAACCUAACCUUGAGAGGCCUGAGGGGUACCCUAACGGUGAGGCUGGUCUUAACGCGAUUGAGAAUAAGCUAAAGAUGAGAGCAAGGAGGGUGCUUGCAAAGCUUGCUGAGAAAAGAAAAUCAGCUGUGGAAUCUUCACGCUCAGAAAGGAGCUUGGAUGGAAUUGAUCUGACAUGCAAGAUUGUGGACUUUGGGAAUGCUUGCUGGGCUGACAAGCAAUUUACAGAUUUUAUUCAGACAAGGCAGUAUCGGGCGCCAGAGAUCAUUCUAGGUGCAGGAUACUCGUUUUCUGUUGACAUGUGGUCCUUCGCAUGUAUUGCUUUUGAGCUCGCAACAGGAGAAAUACUAUUUACACCCAAGGAAGGCCAUGGAUACAGUGAAGAUGAGGAUCACUUGGCUUUAAUGAUGGAACUACUUGGCAAGAUGCCGAAGAAGAUUGCAACCAUGGGAACACGAUCAAAGGAAUAUUUUGACCGCCAUGGAGAUCUGAAGCGGAUACGAAGGCUGAAAUUGUCAUCCAUUGAACGUGUUCUCGUUGACAAAUACAAAAUUUCUGAAUCUGAUGCCCGGGAAUUCGCCAAUUUUCUUUGCCCUUUACUCGACUUUGCACCAGAGAAGAGGCCAACAGCUUUAGAUUGCCUAAAGCAUCCAUGGCUUAAACAUGACGAGGAUAAAACAUGUGGGUCUCUUAACAAUAAUGAUGCCAAGAGCAUUGAUCUGGUCCAAAGCACAGGGAGUAUCACCACCGUUGACUGUACAAAUAUUGAUUUGACGAGCAAAAAAGGCAGCUCCACUGGAACUUGUGAUAAGACUGUUGAUGCAAAAUACAACACAAGAAGCAUUACCAGCAAUGCUACCAUGAACACUUAUGUACAACCCACUUCUGGAAGUUUUGCCAACAGACUUGCGAAAAAUGUUGAUGUAAAUCCGAACAUUGGAUCCAUCAGUAAUAGAGAUGCCAAGAGUUCUGAUAUGAAGGCCCACAUGGGAAGCAACACCAUCAGUGACGCCAAAAGCUCUAUUGUAAAGCUAGAUACAGGUAACAUCACUGAUAGAAAUGCCAAACCUGUCGAUAUAAAACCCAACUCUGACAACAUCUCCAGCAGAGAUGACAAGAGCAGUAAUGUGGAUACUACCACUUCCUGUGUUGUAAAGAAAGACGUGAAGCACAGCAUUAGAAGUGUUGUUAAUUCUUAUAUCAAGAACUUUGAUGCAAAAUGCAACACUGCAAGCACUGCUAACAGUGAUGCUAGUAACUCAUCAGAAAUAAAACCCAGCACUAGAAUUUUUACCAGUACUGAUAAUGCCAAGUGUAUGGACAUAAAACCGAUCAGCGAAAGUGCUAAGAGCAAUGACACCAGUGCUAAGAGCAAUGACACCAUCAAUGCUAAUGUGAAAUCCAACACUGGAAUUGUUGCAAACACUGAUGCCAAGAGCACUGAUGAACAGACUAACACUGGAAGUGUUGACAGCAGCGGUGAUUACAGCGCUGACUCAAAACAAAACAUUGGCCGGGUUGCUGCAAGCAUACAGAGGUUGGAGAGCAGCAUGAGUAAAGUGCAAAUCGGGAAAUACAGGGACAACCUUCCUCAAGAUUGAGGAUCUGGCAGGUACCAGCUGGCGUUAUUGUAUAUCUCUCUAUUCCCGCUAACUGUACAAAACUUUGUAUUUGCACACAGAAUGUACACGGAGGUAAAUAUUCCCCAUACAUACCCUGGAACAAAUUGUAUUAAUUGUCACAGAUUGACUGCACUCAGAAUUACACAGCAUUCUUUUGGACAUUUGGUGGGUAAAUAUGAAAUCUCUUUGGGAAUAUACCUGUAUAUGCAGUGGUAGAGAAUAUCGCUGUUCCUUUUAUGGUGGAUGCACUGGAAAGGGAAGAAUUGUACUCUGACCAGCCACAGCAUCUCUUUUGAUCAUGUCCAUAUUCUGCUGUCAGUGAAAAAAGAGAUUUCAUUAUGUCAUUUAACACGGAUCACCAAUUAUGUGAGCAGGGGUGUCUGACAUUUUUUGUUUGGUUUAUGGUUUGAGAUUUGCAUGUAAAAAGUGGGACAUGUGUUGUAUAAAACUAUUCUUUGAUGUUCAUUUCAUGGUGAACGAUCAUAUAGAUGGAAACUUUUCA